AUGCCGCAUCAGGACCAGGAGAUGCUGCGGCGCCGCGACUUCCACAUGCUCAAGAAGAUGCAGGCCGCCUCCUCCCAAACGCCAUCACGGACGCCAAGAGAGCUCCUGGAGGAGCUACCCGGCGGUGCGGCAGUAGAUCUGUUGGAGGGGUGGGUGCGGGCCCUGCAGCCAGCCGCAGCAGUAGGCCGCAGCCGUCCGAAAGCCGCAGGCACGUUCCACCAGAUCUUCACGCCCAGCUCGCUGCCAGCCGUCGCCCGCGCGGCGCCCGGGCGCCUAGCUGCCCUCGGCAAGUGGGCCUCGCAACUGUCUCUCACAGAGCACGAGUGGCUCGAGCGAUGCGGCCUGUUUCAAGACGGCAACCUGUGGCGGCCGCGUCCGUCCCUGCUGAGUGCGCUCGAAGCGAUGGCCGCGACGAGCCGGGGCGCAGCUGAGGGCACGGUCACGCGCCUCGAAGCACUGCUCUCCGGCUCGACGACGCGGUCGUCGCGGUCCCCGAGAGCCUCUCCAUGGGCAAGACUCGGCUUCCGGCCUGCCUGGCUGCCCACGGGCACGCUGUACAGCGACGGCGUCAACUGCCGCUGGCUCUACGUCAAUCUGCGUCGCCCAAAGGGCCGCAGUGACGCGGAGACUGUGCAGAGCAUGCACCAGAACGUCGAGGUGUACGCGCGCGGGUCCAUGUGGCUCGCUGCGCUGCCUCCUGCAGCGCUGCAAGCGGCGCUCCGAGCUCCGCUGCCGCUGCCUUCCGACGAAGACUUUACGCCGCCGCGCGGACGUGCUGGCGGCCUGGUGCGAGGCAUGCCCGACUUCAAGAUCAAGGCACUGCUGGCCGACGCCGACCCCGACAGCACCGUCGUGCACGUGGGCAUCGAUCCGGGCAACACCAACGUGGCCGCCUUGCACCGCACGCGGCCUCUGCUGCCGGGCACAAUCAUCGAGUUCCCCGGCACGCCGCCGCCAGAACUCGGGCUGCGCCCAGUCGUCAACGCCCCGCGCCGCUACUACGCCAACGCGGCCGCCUGCGAGCGCUGGGAUCGCUGGGAGACGCUGUCCAUCAAGCCAGGAGCACUCCAGCGCCGCACCAAGGCGGAGCCCGUUCACGGCGCCCAGGAAUCCAGCGAGCGAGGAGCUCUCCGGCCACUCACCAAGGCGGAGCCCGUUCGCAGCGCCGCGGACGCCUUUGCGCGCAUCAGCCACGCCUUUGGCGUCGGCGCACCGCACGCCGAGGCCCGCAAGAAAGACGUCAAGAAGAAGAGGGGUCGUGCGGCUGACGAGAUCAUCGAGUGGCUCGCGUGCGCGCCGGGCUUCUACAGCAGGCGCUUCCAGAAGUGGGAGGAGGAGAAGAAGCUCGUCGUCGUGGCACACGUCGGCGACUGGCCCGGCGGGACAAGCAGCGGGGGCGGCCGCGGCUUCAAGCACCCGACGCACGCCGGCCCGCUGCUGCGCACCGUCAUGCAGCGCGCCGCAUUCACGCCACUGCCCGCGACGAUCCUCUGGCGCACGCAGGACGAGUACCUCACGUCGUCGGUGUGCCCGCGCUGCGCAGACGCGCCCCCGCUGCUGCCGCUCUGGCGCUCGCGCAGCGCCCGCUAUCCGUCGCGCGACGUCAAGUACUGCCCGCACUGCCGCUGCGCACUCGCCCGCGACAUGGUCGGCGCCGCGAACAUCGCCCACGCAGGCGUUCACCAGCUAAACUGGGGCGUGGGGCCCUGGCGGCCACGCGCGUAA